UAUGGUUCACAUUGUUACUUCUUCAUCAAGGCUAUGCAUCAGUUCCAGUGGUCACAGCUGAACUGGGUCAGUCUGUGACGCUGACAUGUGCAUUCAAUAUUACAUAUCAGAGCAACACAUGGCUUUACUGGUACAAGCAGAGUGCUGGAGAUACUCUGAAUUUAAUCGUUAUGAAGCAGCGAAGAACAGCCUCAAAGUAUGGAUCACAAUUCAAUGCUUCAAGAUUCAGAGCAACAUACACUGGGGACAGUAGCAGUCUUACAAUUUCCACAACAGUUCAACAAGAUGAGGGAAUGUAUCACUGUGCUCAAAGGGACACUCUUGAAUCUACGUGGAAUGGGACUUAUUUAUCAAUAAAAGGAUAUCAGAGGACAUCAAACUACACUGUUGUUCAGCAGACAACGGUCUCUGGUCCCACCGAGCCAACAGGCUCAGAGACUCUGCAGUGUUCGGUCCUCUCUGACUCUGAGAACACAACCUGUUCAGGAGAACCCAGUGUGUUCUGGUUCAGAUCCAGAUCAGAAAAGUCUUUUCCAGACAUGAUUUACACCGAAGGAAAAAGAUCAGAAAAUUGUGAGAAGAGAUCUGACUCUCAGAAGAGAUGUUUUUAUAACUUCUCUAAGAACAUCAGCUCAUCUGAUGCCAAGACCCUCUCCUGUGCUGUGGCCACAUGUGGACAGAUAUUAUUUGCAAAUGAACUGAACCUUAAAAAUGGUAAAACUGAUGAAAACCACAUGCUGCUGGUCACAAUAGUCGCAGUAAUCUGUUUGGUCAUUUCUGUAAUUUGUAAUAUUGUUUUCAUUUGCUUUCGAAUACAAAGAUCAGCAUGUCAACAAUUUAAAGGUUUGUUGCAGUGACUGAAUUAUAUUUGUCAAAGAUGUAGAUACAAGAAAAAUGUUAAUAAAAUCACAUAAAAAUAAAUACAGCAUGUAGACUGAAAUUGACUAAUUAUAUGUUGCUGCCACUUUUACAGAAAACUCUUCCUCACCAAAAAGAAACAACUUUAACCAAAUG